CCUUCUCUCGCCCUUCCCCCACCUUCUUCCUUCCAUUUCCUCCACCUCAAUGGUGGUCCUUGGUUGCCUGACUUUUCCCUCCGCUACUUCAGGGAGCCCGGUACCAGAAAACUUGGUUUUUCCGACGAGUUCCCUCACGUCCGGCAAUUGUUCCGGUGCCACCACCCCUCCCUCCAACCCCGACCUCCUCCUGCUCUCCCCUCAGUCCAGUCUCCCUUCCGUUCCUUCCCUUCACAACUGCUCUCCAGACAAUCCUAACGUUAGUGCUGGUACUGCUUCCUAUGUCACCUUCUCCACCAAGACCCCUUACGGCGCGGUACAUGCUCUCGCAGCCUCUGCCAACUGUGUUUUCGCCGGCACCACUGCGCUCCUUCGCUUCCCAAACGCCGGCGACCUAUCGGAAUCCGAAACCCUCGCCGUUACCUCAGCCGGUGGCGCCAUUAAGUCUAUUGCUCCGUCUGGCGGAAGGCUGUUUACCGCUCACCAGGACGGCAAGAUUCGGGUCUGGGAGCACGCCGGACCGAAGCGUUUCCGUCGAGUCGCCACCCUCCCCACCAUAUCCGAUCGGGCGUUCCGCUUCCUCCUGCCCCGCAACCACGUCCAGGUUCGGCGCCACCACACCAGCCUGUGGAUCAAGCACGUGGACGUCGUCUCUGCGCUCGCCAUCCGCGGCGGUCUGCUCUACUCCGCCUCAUGGGACCGCACGCUCAAGGUCUGGCGCGUCUCCGACUUCCGCUGCCUGGAAUCCGUCCGAGCCCACGACGACGCCAUUAAUGCCCUCGCGGUCUCCGCCGAGGGCACAGUCUACACCGGCUCGGCCGACACAAGAAUCAAGAUCUGGGCGCGUCCGGCGGGACGAAAGAAGCACUCCCUGGUGGCGACCCUAGAGAAGCACCGGUCAGCGGUCAACGCGCUCGCACUGAGCUCGGAUGGGUCGGUGCUGUACUCCGGCGCCUGUGACCGGUCCAUCUUAGUCUGGGAGAAGGAGGGCGGCGCCGGCGUGAUGGCCGUGACUGGCGCGCUCCGCGGCCACAAGCACGCCGUGCUCUGCCUCGCAUACGCAUCAGAGCUCCUGAUCAGCGGCUCGGCCGACCAGACGAUCCGAAUAUGGCGGCGAGGCGUCGACAACCAGUACAGCACGGUGGCAGUACUCGAAGGGCACGAACGGCCGAUCAAGUCGUUGGUCGUCGCGCCCACCGAACCCACUUCCGAGUCGGUGCUAAUCUACAGUGGGAGCUUGGAUGGUGUAAUCAAGGUCUGGCGAGUUUGGCAACCCUGGAAUGCUCUAACCAAGAACUAAGCAAUUAAUUAAUCAACACAGUUAGACAUACACAUUAUAAUCUAAAUUAUCUUGUUAACAUCUACAUUAUUUUAGAGUUUGUGUGAUUUACUUUAAGGGCACGUUGAUAAAGUUGAUUAAAGGCUGUCCGUUUGCUUGUA